AUGGAAGACUAGUGGUUUCUAAAUGGAAAAAAAGUAAUAAAACAGCAAAUGUUAUCAAAAUCAUCACAUUAGAUAAUAAAUGGAGUAUCAAUAACAUUAGAAGCUUCAUUUGGAUGCUUGUAAAAUCCAAUAAGAAAGAACUGUAUGUUUGUGAAUGAUGACACUCUUAUGUUUAUAAGCGGGAAACAUAUAGUGCUCUAUGACAUUAUUAGAAAGAGAUAGACAUACAUAAUGAAGAGCGCUGAAGAUGAAGUAGUCUAAGCAUUGAGUUUUCAUGUUUCACAUGGACAAAAAUUGUUCAUUGCCAUAGCAUUCAAAUCAACAAGCAAGAUACUUCCUACUGUCAAAGUUUACAAUAGAAAAAAGAAGCGAUUCUACUAAUGUGUUCACUCUCAUUUAUUACCUAAUAGUAAUAUUCAUGAAAUUCUAUUUAUAAAUGAUGGAAAGGUACCAAGAUGAAUAAUAAAUAGCAUCUCAUCUCAUUGUCAACUUAAGAGGAUGGUUAUGGAAUGAGUUUAUUUGCAGUUAGUAAAGAAGUUUCACUUUCUUAUACUCUAAUCAAAUAAAAAAUAAAUAUGUUAGAAUCCAUUAGCGAUUUUGAAUUUUUUCUGAUUGGGCCAUAAUUUCUUACAUCUUACAAAUAUCAAGCUGACAUCAGUGGUUUAGAAAUAUAGAAUAGUUUGAUUAGUGUCUUAGAGUUAUAAUAAGAUGAAAACAUAGUAGGAGUAUGUUAUAAUUCUGAAAAGAAAUAUACAAUUGUGGCAACUAGCAGAAAUAAUCUCAUUAUGAUUAAAGGAGAUAAGAAAGUAGGAAAAUUCGAACUGCAAACUCAAUAAAAAGAAUCAAAUCAUUUAUUAUGUAAUCAUCAUCAUCGAAUAAUUUAUAGAAUAAAUAAAUAAGGAUAAAAAUAAGCCAACUGAAUAAGAAAAAUUAGUAAAUGUUCGAAUCUCUACUAUAGCAAAGACCAAUAAAGGAUUCAUAAUUGGUUUAAUUGGAAAACCUGCAUUAUAAGUUUAUGAAAUUGAAUAGGAUAGUUCAGAACAAGAGCAAUAUAUCUUAAAUUUAGUCGGCACUUACUUUAUAAAGGAUGAACAUAUAUACGGAAUUCAUUAAAUUCACUUGGCUACAGAUGAGAUGUAUGCAGCAUUAACAGUAAUUUACUUUAAUCGUUCUGCAUAUCAAGUAGCCUUAGGAUCAUAGUAAGUUUUAAAUAAUAUCGUUUCAUGUGAGUAAAUCUUGGAAAAUUAUCAGGGAAAAUUAGAAUUAUUUACAUUUAAUUUAGCCAUAGUUGAAGCUCUGAAAUCAGUUCAAAAAGAUCCAUUUGAACCAUUAUUUGAGAAGGGUGUUCACAAAGGUACAAUUUUCAAUAUCACCACAACUCCUAUGAGAUCUAUAAUAGCAUCAGUGUGUGAUGAUAAGAAUAUCAAAUUUUGGGAUUAUUCAAAUGACUUUAAAGAAAUGUUCUCUCAUUAAUUUCAUGAAACUCCAUUAUCUGUGGCUAUACAUCCAUUAAGCUAUUAAUGUGCAAUCGGAUUUAAAGAUGGGUAAUGAAAUAUAAUAUUUAUUCUCUAGUCUUCGAUUCUAUUUUAUACUCGAUGAUGAUCUUAAAUUAGUCCACAAUGAAACUACAAAAGUUUGUAAUGCUCUCACAUAUAGUGAAGGAGGACAUAUCUUAGCUGCCGCUAAUGGUAAUCAAAUUCAAUUAUAUAAUCCUCUAACAUAUAAAAUGAUAAAUGUCUUACCUAAUCAUCAAACAAAUCUAAAGGAUUUACUAUUUAUCGAUAGAGUAUUAAAAAUUAUUAAAUAUAUCUAAGGAUAAUUUGUUAAUUUCCUAAUGUCAAUUUGGAAUUUUAUAUGUUUGGAAUUUGCUUUCAGGAGAAAGAAUCUUAGAACAUGCUUAAAAGUAGAACAAAUAUCAAAGUUUAUGUUAUGACUUUGAAUAUGAUCUUGUUAUUGGAGUUUCAGACUAGAAAUUAAAAGUUUAUCAUGAGAAGGGACAGAACAUGGUUCUAGAAGUGGAUACAUCUCCUACUUAAUUUAGUGCCAUAUGCAUUAGUCAUAGAUACAAUGCAAUCUUUUUUGGAACUUCGUAAGGAUCAAUUAGAGUAUACUCCUAUCCAUUUUACCAUUUCAACCCUAAGAUGAUGGAAUCAAUUGAAAUUCCUGUUCAUUAAUUGGCAGUGACAGCCAUUAAAGUGUCUCCUGAUAAUAGUUAUUUAAUAAGUUCAUCAAUAGAUGGUAGUAUUUUUUUUAGUAAAAUCAAGCAGUUCAUUAAUGGAGAAGAAGUAAACAAUAUUUAAGUAAUAUUAGAUAACAUAAUUGGAUCUGAUAACUAGAGGUGAUAUUGAAAAUAAGAUUACUAAUACAUUUGCACUUAAUAGUUUAUGUUUAUGCUCAACUACUGCUUAGGAAAUAAGGCAGGAGCAGCUGAAAGAAUUAGAAUAUAGAUUGUAAAAUUUUAAGAGCGACAUUGAUGACGCUAAGGAAGUUUAGCUGAAUAAUAAUGACUACAAACUGAAGAAAAUACGUGACGAGCAUACUAAGGAAAUUCAAAAAGUUUAAGAUUAAUUAUCUCAAACAAUUUAAUAAUCAGAUGCCAAAAACAAUAAGAUUAAAGAAGAUAAAAAGAAUUUAAUAACAAUUUCUAAAAAAACAAUUGAAGAAAUGAAUGAAUAAAAUUCAAAGAAACUAUUGUAGAUUUAUGAUAUAAGAGACAAAUUGAAUGAAAAAUUACAAAAUAUCAUCAAACAGCAAGAUGAGGAACAACGAUUAGUGAAUUAAGAAUAUUAGUAAUCAAUUUCUUAGGUUGAUGACGAAUACUGCUAAAAAUAUUAAGAUUUAUUCAAUAGGUUCAGUUAAGCUAUGUCCAAUAUGAAAUUGGAUUAACGAAAAUUUAAAGAAGUUUUGCAGUAAAGUGAGAAAGAUUAUGAAACUUUUUACAAAGAAUCAUAGCAGUCCUUAAAAGCAAAAUUAGAAGAAUUUAACACUCAAACAGAAAUAUUAAGAUCUAGCAUCUCUCGAUUUAAAAAAGAAAUUGUGAGAUAUUAAAAUAGAAAAGAAAUCUUGCAUAAUUUAAAAAAAGGUAAUUAUUUCAUACAAUAGACUAGAAACCGAGGAAUCGUUGUAGAGUCUGCGUUAAGAAUUGAAAGGGUAUGAAGAAAAACAUAAAAUGAUGUUGGCAGAUUUAAGAGAGAAAGAGAAACUUAUAAAUUAAAGGGAAUAGCAAAUUAAAGAUUUUAGAAUGAAAAAUGUUCAUCUGCAAAAUUUCUAAAAAGUAUAUGAUUAUAGAGUUAACACUCUAAAGGAUGAAAGAGAGCCAUUGAUGGAUCAUCUAAAAAAUAUGGAAGUAAUUAUUGAUAAUAAUUCAUAUAGAAACACGUUAAGAAUCUUUAUAAUGAAUUGAUAGAAGAAUCAGGAUUAAAGCAAUCUAGAAUUGAAGAAGAAAGAAAAUUAAUUACAGAUCUAAAUAUAUUUAAAAACCAACUAAAGUCUGCCUUAACUGUUUUAUCUUUAUCCAAAAGAAAUAUGGACAACUUUAAGUCUUCUAUACAAACAUUAAUUAAUAGCGACACUGGAGAUUGGCCAGAGAAAUUAGAGGAAUUGUACCAUAUGGUGUAGAAAGAGAAUAGUAAGGCAAUCACUAUUAAAAAUCCUGUGUUUUAGGAAACCUUAAAGGAUAUGUAAAAGGAUCCUCUAUAGUAACAGAUUGAUCAAAGUUAACAAAACGCUAUUUAUAAAGCAUUAUCAAGUCAGAAGUAAUAUUUGCAAUAAAGUCUCUCUGAAGUUGAGGCUUCAGUGAAAUAUCAACUUGGCCAAAGAGAAGUAGCAUAUGAUACCAUUUAAGAUUAAAACAAACACCUCAUAAAGUAAUGCAAGGAAUUGAGAGAGAAAAAAUAGGAACUGAAAUCAUAAUUAGAUUGCAUGAACAAAGAAUAUAGAGAGAAAAAGAGAGAAUUAAAUAGUUAGGGCAUAGAAAUUCCAGAAGAAAAUGAAGAUGAUAAUCAGUUUACCAGGACUUACGCCACAACUUUUACUUCAAUUACAAGAACACCAGGAACAAAGUCGCAAUAAAAUUUUAGAACUAAAAUUAUUAGAAAUGUAGGAUGA